AGGGGCUGCGGGGGGCCGGGGGGGGCCGCGGCCGCUCGGGGCGGCGCUCGGGGCCGCCGUACAAAUAGCGGGCGGCGGGCGGCCCGGGGCAGCCAUGCGGCCCCCGCUGCGCUCCGCGCUGGCGCUCUGCGCCCUGGUCCUGCUCCGCCUGGGCUGCGCCCCCCGCGCUCCCCCGCGCUGCCCCCCGCUGAUGCUGCAACUGCUCCGCGCUCCCCCCGCCCCGCUCCGCGCCGCCGCCGCCGCCGCGCUCAGCAUCGUCCCGCACGGUUCCCGUCGGAACGGCUCCCGCUGGGCGCUCUCCUUCGACAUGACAUCCCUGCGGGGCAGCCAGGAGGUCAGCCUGGCCGAGCUGCGCGUCCACCCGCCCGUGCUGCCCCCAGCCCGCAAUGUCACCCUGGACAUCUUCCACAGCCAGCGGCGGUGCCCGGCCGGCGGGACGUGUCCUCGCGAGCUCUUCCUGGGCACAUUUUCCGGCAGCCCCUCCACCAGCCAGACCGCCUGGGAAGUGUUCAACCUCACCAGCACGCUCAGGUCCUGGCUCCACCAGGACACGGCUCCUGCCAGCCUGAGUCCCGUGGAAACGGAGCUGUGGGAGGCGAGCACGGUGCCUGCCCUGGCCACCGCCAUGCCGGGCUCGUGGGACACGAGCGACCUCAGCCACGAGGAGCCGGCCGUGCCCCAGGAGCUGGCAGACAGCGUCCUGCUGCUUGUCUUUUCCAAGGACAAGUCUCCAGGAGACCACAGCCUCAUCAGGACAGUGGAGACCUCCAAGCACGUCAUGCGUGACAGUGGCCCCAAGGGCCCGGGGACCCGGCGGCACCGCAGGAACAGGAAAGAGAAGCAAAGGAUCAAGGUGAGCGACGCUCCCGCUCCCAGCCCCGUGGAGGACGCCAACGCCAAGUCCUUGUGCAGGAGGGUGGACAUGAUGGUGGAUUUCGAGCAGACCGGCUGGGGCAGCUGGAUCGUCUACCCCAAGAAGUACAACGCCUACCGGUGCGAGGGGCUGUGCCCGUCGCCCGUGGACGAGACCUUCAAGCCCACCAACCACGCUUACAUACAGAGCUUGCUGCAGCUCUACAAGCCCAACCAGGUGCCGUGCCCUGCCUGCUCGCCCGUCAGGAUGAGCCCCCUCUCCAUGCUCUACUACGAGAAGGGCGAAAUCGUCGUCCGCCACCACGAGGACAUGGUCAUCGAGGAGUGCGGCUGCAACUGAGGCGAGCUCCUCCCGUGCCGGGGAGGGGACGGCGGGGCGUGUGUCCCUGAGGACUGGCCGCCAGCCACGAGCAGCACGCGGAUGGGGCGUCUCUGAGCCUCCCCCGCCUCCGGGAUCCUCGUGCCCAGGGGUUUGGGACACGAGAGAGGAGACAGCACCGAGACAGGACCGUGGGAGGUGGAUGGUGGCGGGGGGGUGAUGAGAGGAACGUCCCCUGCGGUGGCAGUGCUGCAAGGCAAGGACAGCCCCAGGCAAUGUAUGGGGAGGCUGCUGGGCUGGUGCUGCUCUGCUCACGCUCGUGGAGCAUCCCUCCUUGCUGUCGGUGCUGCCCUUGCACGCCCCGAGCACUCCCGGUAGCUGGAGGCUCGUGGAUGGCACCUGCAGCACCCGAAC